AUGUGGGCGUUGUGUUUGGUUGUGGUUUUGGCGUUGAACUUGUGGUGCAAUAUUGGGGCUAGAGCUGCACCACAAGUGCCUUGCUACUUCAUAUUUGGAGACUCCUUGGUCGAUAAUGGCAAUAAUAACCAGCUUCAGUCCUUGGCCAGGGCUGAUUAUUUGCCUUAUGGGAUCGACUUUGGUGGACCUACUGGAAGAUUUUCCAACGGCAAAACCACUGUUGAUGUUGUUGCUGAGCUUUUGGGUUUUGAUGAUUAUAUUCCACCCUAUGCAACUGCUAGAGGCCAAGACAUACUCAAAGGAGUAAACUUUGCAUCUGCAGCUGCUGGGAUUAGAGAGGAAACUGGACGUCAAUUGGGAGGCCGGAUUACAUUUAGUGGUCAGGUAAAGAAUUACCAGAACGUAGUGUCCCAAGUUGUAAACUUACUUGGCGAUGAGGACCAAGCUGCAAAUUAUCUGGGUAAAUGCAUAUACUCAGUUGGGUUAGGCAGCAAUGAUUACCUCAACAACUAUUUCAUGCCACAAUUUUACUCCACCGGCAACCAAUUUACUCCCGAGGAAUAUGCUAAUUCUCUUAUCCAAGAUUACAGUCAACAACUAAGGAUUUUGUACAAUUAUGGAGCAAGGAAGAUUGUGUUGUUUGGAAUUGGUCAAAUAGGAUGCAGUCCAAAUGAAUUGGCCCAAAAUAGCCCAGAUGGUGCAUCAUGCGUAGAAAAAAUUAACUCCGCAAACCAAAUUUUUAAUAGCAAGCUGAAGGCACUUGCCAAUGAAUUCAACACUAACCUAUCAGAUGCAAGAGUUAUCUUCGUAGACUCUUAUGGCAUUUUCCAGGACAUAAUAACCAGCCCUGCACAAUAUGGAUUUAGAGUUACAAACGCAGGGUGCUGUGGGGUAGGGAGGAACAAUGGCCAAAUUACAUGUCUUCCUCUCCAAACUCCAUGCCAAAAUAGGAAUGAGUAUCUGUUUUGGGAUGCAUUUCAUCCAACUGAGGCCGGAAACAACGUCGUAGCAAGGAGAGCAUACAGCGCUGUUCGUGCCUCGGACGCUUACCCUGUCGAUAUUCGCCGGCUCGCUCUGCUUUAA